GGAAGGGUCCUUACAGAUCACAGAGCCGUGGAGUGGUUGGGUCGGGUUGGCUUGGCUUGGAAGGGCAUCGCCGCCCCUCUCCGUCCCCAACCGCAGCUCCCUGUGUGCCGCAGCAUGAACGUCGGCGUGGAGGACGCGACGUCGUCGGCCAGCGUCACGCUCCUGGUGCAGCCGCACACCACCAUCGCGGCGCUCAAGCAGCAGGUGUUCCAGGAUUACGGCUUCCACCCCCUGGUUCAGCGCUGGAUCAUCGGGCAGUGCCUGUGCGUGGACGAGCGCACGCUGUGGUCCUACGGCAUCCGGCGCGACGGGGACGCGGCGUUCCUCUACCUGCUGACGGCCAAGCGCGCCGAGCUGACGCGGCAGCGCUACGACGAGGAGCAGGCGCAGCUCGUGCUCAGCUCCGUCGCCGCGCUGGGAGACGAGCGGCGCAAGUACGGCACCGUGCCCGGCGCCGCGGGCAGGAAAG